AGUACAACAGUUUGCACUCUUGGGAGUAAUUCAGGACUUUUUGUAUUGCAGUGUGAUAUGCUGGCAGUAGUGAUCUUUUAAAAACAAGCAAUCAGAACAAAAUGCUUCACUUCUCUGUUUCAGUCCCUUUCCAAACAUCGCAAAAUGUCAAACCUGAUGCCCAUCCUUUCCCAGAAAGAUCUGGAGAGUAUUUGUCUAACUAGGACGGGAUUUGGCUUUGCGCUCAAAGCCUUCCAUGCACCUCAGAAUAUAGAUGUCUCCUUGAAGUUGUUGACUAGUCAGAAAACAACAGAGAGAGAUUUAAAGGCACUUCUUCAAGAGGUAGCCAGCAUUCAUUGCAUACAGUGCCACUGGCUCAUGCCUCCUGUUGGGAUCUACCAGUUCCAAGGAGUCCUUGGGGUGGCCACUGAAUGGAUGCAUAAUGGAUCUCUUGAUUUGCUCAUUCAUGAGCAUGAACUCUACCCAGAACUGCCUUUUCCUCUCUGUGUAAGAAUCCUAACAGAUGUGACAGAGGGCCUAAGUUAUCUACACAGUUUGAAGCCUCCCGUCCUUCACCACAGCCUAAAACCCUCAAAUGUCCUACUAGAUCUGCAGUACAGAGCUAAGAUCUCAGAUUAUGGCCUAGCCACCUGGAGAAGGCAGCAACUAAGAUCUGUCCUACAGAACUGUAACAACAGAAGCUGUUGGGAUUUGCUUUAUCUCUCCCCAGAAGUACUUCAAGGGGGUAGCUUCUCACAAGAAGAUGAUGUUUACAGUUUUGGAAUGAUGUGCUGGGAAAUCCUAGUCAGACAGAAGCCGUUGAAAGGCAAGAAGUCUUUGAUGGAAGCUCUGACAGGAGUCUGCAGUGGCUUGCGCCCUGGGAUUGAACCAGAGUUCAUACCAAACAGUCUGCCGCAUAGCAACAAGCUGCUACAGCUCAUGGUUCUCUGCUGGCACCAAGAGCCCAGCUACAGACCACAUGCUACAGAAUGCUCAAUACUUCUACGGGAAAUUCUUGGCACAUUUAGGAAGGAGAUGAUUUCCGAUGCAAUAUACAACUUGAUUCAAGCAAAGGACUGCGCAAUAGAUUCUGCCAAAGGCCCAGUUUCUCAUGCACUUAAAACACAUGCGUGCAAUUUAGAGGUGAUCUGUCCUCAGAACAACAACAGGCUCAACAAGGAAGUUACUCUAAAAUCGCAUAGCUUGUCCGACCUUCACCUUGAGCGUGGUGCAGGAAGGACAGGGAAGGACGGCAGCCAGACAGACUUGGCCAGCAACACUACUCAAAACAGAGCGCUAGAAAGAGGUCAUCUCUUCUGUGGCAGCAGAGAGUCAAGUCCUCCACAUUCCUCAUCCCCUUUCCUUAUUCCUGAUUCAAGCCCACUUGUAAAAAGUCCUUCCACAUUUUGCAAAGAGUCAGAGGGCUGGCAACCGCGGCUGCCACAACUAGUGCAGACACCUGAUGACAGCCUCCCGUACAGCAACCUUCGGAACAAUGGGCUUGAAAACCCAGGAACAGACCCAGGUCCUUACUGCAAAGAGGGAAACUGCUCUAUCCUAGCCUGCGGGCGAGAAAAUAUCUUGAGAUGCAUGACGGAAGGGCGCUUGAACCACCUCCUAGACGUUCUGCGUUCCCAGAAGCUCUUGUCCAGGACGGACUACGAAAUGAUCACUUCGUUCCCCACCUUGACUGGCCGGGCCCGUGCUUUGCUUGACACUUGUCUUGGCCUUGGGGAGAAGGCAGCCCAGACUGUGGUGGCUGUUCUGUCAGCUAGCAAGUGCAGCCCUUUCCCAUGAAGCAUCCAGGCAAACACAGUAAAUUAAAUGAUUUAGCUCACAGCAUUUUGGAGAGUUGGUUAAAAAGGG